UAUUGUACCGUGUGCUGCGUGCGAGAGAUUGUUUAUCCGUCUCGAAACGCCUCAAUAUAAGCACCGCAGUCGCCCUUUCUCUUCCUCUGCAGUUCGUAUCGUAACGGUCUGGUCGGAUGCAGUUUAUCGUUUUCGCUUAGAUAAAAAAUUUACCCCAAAAAAAAAAAAUUCAUCAUGAAACUGAGAGUAAGAAACACAGAAUCCAAACAGACCCUUAGAAUCGAAGUCCCCGAUUCCUGCUCUUUCUACCAACUCAAGCAAUUCAUAGCCCAAGCAAUCGAUUCGUCUCCUUCCUCUCUCCGUCUCUCCCUCAACAGGCACGAAGAGCUCCACGCAUCAUCUCCUCAAGACUCGCUUCACUCCAUCGGUAUCACUGCCGGUGAUCUCAUUUUCUAUUCCAUUCUCCCCUCUGGUUCAUCUUCUCAAACCCUAGCUUCCCAUUCGCAUUCACAGUCACAGUCCUCCUCCUCCUCCUCCUCCAUGGCUAAGCAGAUCGAGCACGACGAUCUCCAACGUCAACAUCGCGAAACCGUAAACCCAAUUCCCCCAGUUGGGGAAACUCUCAUGGAAGGCUCUUCGGUUCAGGUAAAAAAUCUUAAUUCUCAAACUUAUGAAUUUAAUUCGAGUAACUCGGUUUAUGGAGAUGAGAGGGUUUUGCGUGAGGGUUUGAAUACCCAGAAAGAAGAAGGGCAUGGGUUUUCUGGUUGUGCGGCAAGUAUGGACAUUGAUGAUGAAACUAUUGAGUUGGUUGGGAAGAAGUUUGCUGUGCCAUUUUACCUGAGGAGGGUGUUGAAGGAGGUUUUGGGGGAGGAGUUGGAGGAAAACGGUGAAGGUCACAAAUUAAUCGUAAUUGCGGUUCAUGCCGCUCUUAAAGAAUCCGGCUUUGUUUGGUUCGACUCUCUAUCGGGAAUGCGGGUUGAUCGAUUUCAUCUUCCUGAUGAAUGGCCUUCUAUGGGUUUUACGGUGUCGCUUUGCUAUACAUUGCCUGAGCUUUUGGCAAAUGGAGGUGGUAAUCCUUCCAAUUUGACGGAAACAGUUGUGGUGAAGUUUCAGAGUCUUGGGCAUUUACUCAAUGUGUACGGUUCUGUAGCUAAUGAUAGUUCGGGACCGUACAGGGUAUGUUUGGAUAAAAACAGGUUUUUCCCAGCUAUUAAUUCUCUACGGGCAAACAGAAAUCCUCAGGGUGAAAUUGCUGAAUUUUGGAGGAUUGUCAAGGAUGGUCUUGCAUUGCCACUCUUAAUAGAUCUUUGUGCAAAGGCUGGUUUGGCUUCUCCACCAUGUUUAAUGCGUCUUCCACCUGACCUUAAACUCAAGAUUUUGGAGUUCCUUCCUGGUAAUGACAUUGUGAAAGUUGGAUGCGCAUGUAAAGAUUUGCAAAUUCUGUCUUGCAAUGAUGACUUGUGGAAGCAGAAGUAUGUGGAGGAGUUUGGAAGUGGGACAGCAGCACCAGGAUUGGUCCCUUGGAAGAAAAGGUUUGCCACAUUUUGGGAGAGUAAGAAGGCUGCCAGAUCGGCACCGGUCGGUUAUAACGGCCCCUUCUUCAUGCCGCUGAGAAGGGAUCCUAUCAUAUUCCAAGCCCCUCCAGCUGGGAUGAGAGGUGGAGAUUAUGACCGUUUCCCAGGUCUUAGUGCCCCUGCUCCUUUUGGACAACCUGGUCGUCUACCUCGCUAUCAAUACCGGAGGCUUUUCACCCCAAAUUGUAACUUGGGAGGGUUGAGUGGUUAAUCUGCUUACUUCAGGUCUUUGCUCUUUUCUUGCUUGGAACUGAAUCUGGCAAAGUUAUGUUAAUCUGCUUUCUUCUGUAAGUGUUCAUACAUACCUUUCAGCGUCUUUUUGGAACUCCUACAGGAAUGAAAGAACAUGAAUACCUGGUUCUUUUAUAUUAAUCUUCAGCUACUUUCUAUAACAAUAACUAUGUAAACUUUUUCUCUUGUAUUACCUGGUUCUUAGCAAGGGCUUGUGUUGGAUAUAUAGUUGUACCAAUACUUGUUUGUGACCUACCUAUAUGAUCCUUAGUGAUAUCCAGGUUUCUAUCGGUGCAAAGCCAGUUUAAGAUUGUACGUGUUACUGUCAAAUUAUUGUAAAUAAAAGUAGUAUGCUUUUGAUGGGGAUUAACAUUGGA